AUGUCCAAUCGUGUAGCCUCACCAACUAAUCCAGCCGCAUUAGCAGCUGCACAAGCAUCGCAUAGUCCAGUUAUCAAUUCUAAAAAUUCAGCAACAGCAGCAGCAGCAGCAGCAAAAGGAGCAGUAGCCAUGAAUCCACAUCAUCAUCACCACUCACAAGCUAAUGGUAGUGGUGCACCAAUCAAUACCGCAGCCGCAGCUGCGGCAUCUUCAUCAAGCAACUCCAAUUCAUCAGUCGUUGGCUUGCAUUACAAAAUUGGUAAAAAGAUUGGUGAAGGUUCAUUUGGAGUUAUAUUUGAAGGUACAAAUAUUAUAAAUGGAGGACCGGUAGCCAUCAAGUUUGAACCUAGAAAAACUGAAGCACCCCAAUUAAGAGAUGAGUAUAGAACUUAUAAACAUUUACAAGGUUGUGCUGGGAUCCCCAAUGCAUAUUAUUUUGGUCAAGAGGGUUUACAUAACAUUUUAGUAAUUGAUUUGUUGGGUCCUUCGUUGGAAGAUUUAUUUGAUUGGUGCGGAAGAAGGUUUUCAGUAAAGACUGUUGUUCAAAUUGCCAUACAAAUGUUGUCAUUGGUGGAAGAAGUACAUCGUCAUGACUUGAUUUACAGAGAUAUAAAACCAGACAAUUUCCUAAUUGGACGUCAAGGAAUGCCAGAUGAAAAUAAUGUCCAUUUAAUUGACUUUGGAAUGGCAAAACAAUAUCGUGAUCCAAGAACAAAACAACACAUCCCAUAUAGAGAAAAAAAAUCAUUGAGUGGUACUGCUAGAUACAUGUCGAUAAACACCCAUUUAGGAAGAGAACAAUCUAGACGUGAUGACUUGGAAGCAUUGGGUCAUGUUUUCUUUUAUUUCUUGCGUGGACAAUUACCAUGGCAAGGUUUGAAAGCCCCCACUAAUAAGCAAAAAUAUGAAAAAAUUGGUGACAAAAAGAGAACAACACCAGCAGUUACUCUUUGUGAUGGAUUGCCUACACAAUUUGCUGAAUAUUUGGAUUCAGUAAGGUCAUUGCCAUUUGAUGCUGAGCCCCCUUAUGAAGAAUAUAGGAUGUUGUUGGUUUCAGCAUUGGAUGAUUUAGGUCAAUCAUGUGAUGGAGAUUAUGAUUGGAUGCAUUUGAAUGGAGGUAAAGGGUGGGAUGCCGCAAUUAAUAAAAAGCCUAAUUUGCACGGAUAUGGACACCCUAAUCCACCAAAUGAAAGAGAAAGAAGACAUCGUGAUCAAAGAAGAAGUAGACAACAACAACAGCAACUGCAACUGCAAGCGCAACAACAGCAACAACAACAGCAAUCACAACAACAGUAUCAGCAACAAUCGAAUCAAGCACAAUUGAAUCAACCACAACUGCAACUGCAAUUGUCUGCAGCUCAAUUACACCAACAGAAAUUGCAACAUCUUGUCAAUAGGCCAUUACCACCAAUUAAACAAGAAUCAAAUUCAGCUUUGCCUACAACUAGUCGGAAUGAUAUGUUAGCAAACAAUGGUGGUGGGAAUAGUGUUGCUGAUGGUGCUGCCGGUGGUGGUAAAUACGAAGGAUAUGGACAAUAUCAACAACAACAACCACACCAACAACAACAUCAUCAUGAUGAAGAAGAGGAGCACAGGGGUUUCUUUUCAAAAUUAUGUUGUCAUUAG